AUGGAAAUCCCAAAGCAGCACAUGGAAGAGCUCCUCAACGGCAGCCUUACCAAACAAGGCUCUGAAAUCUCAAGAGCGACCUCUCCGGGCGGUACCAUAGCCAUGCAAGAUGGUCAAACGAACGAGUCUGGCAGCCAUUGCAAGCGCAACAGACCUCGAACGUACCCUUACUUUUCUACCUUGCCAUAUACUGUGGAAGAUGAGGCGAAGAGACAGGAAGAUCUGGCAGAGAUACUCAAACAUCUUUACAUUGCGAUUCAGGCCAGCGACUUCACUCCAGGUGCGGUGCAUUGGACUAGGGAACUGCGCAGCUGGCUCUCUCUCAAGUUCGAUCCCACCAAAGAACAGCGCGUGAAGCUCGUUAGGCUUUACUAUGAACUCGCUCUGGCUCCUGGCAUUGAUCCAAGUGUGGCCGAACGCUUCGCUAGCAUGUUCAUGCUACUCACAAAACGAAAACACUACUUGCGUCCUUUGCUCGAUCUAACCCUUGACUGGCGGCCGCUCUUCCGAGAGAUCAAAGUAUUCGUGCUACCAAGCGAGUCGGGCUUGAUGCAGACCACCAACCUCAAGCGCAAUAUCAAGACACUGAUCAAAAUCAGUUCCUUCGCCCAACUGUAUUUUGAUCCAGAGGACAUCCCUGCGAUGUUGGAAGAAAUUCUCCCCUAUUUCACAAUGUCAUCGACUGAGGGCGCAUUUGUGGUGAUAGGGCUGCUGAAUAUGCUGCUGCCAACAGCACCCCCUCCGCUCAAUCGAUCCGACCUGAAUCCCCAACAUUUUCUUCCCACCUUUUUCCACUUGUGGUCGUUGGUCAAUCGCUCCCGAACCGUCGAUGUCGCCCUGGUUGAUCUUCUCUCUCGCCUAGCUCGAGACUCGCUGCCUAGUAAACAGGUCGAGUUUUCCGAGUUCGGGAUAUUCACCGCUGAGCAGUCAACGCUAAUCACAACUGCGGUUCUGAGGUUAUUGGAGAUUCCUGUAGGGCAAUCCACCUCUCCCUAUAGUGCUCUCGUGGACAUCACAGCCGGCAUGGGGUUUCUGCUGGAUCGCGAUUCACGCAAGCACCCCGUUUCACAUCACAUUGCCCGCUGGUUUGUCAUGUCAUUAUCACCGGUCUGCCUGGAAAAGAAGACAUCGGUCCUUUCUCUUCUCGAGACCCUGAUACAAGCCAUUGAGACUUUUUUCCACCCCUCGAACUCUGGCUCCUGGACCCGCACCCUAGCCCAGCUUGUGUUCUACCUGGCAGAUUUCUUCGUUAUGCGGUGGAACAGAGAACGCAAUGGUGAAAUGGAGGUCCCUGAAGAGCGAAAACUCAAUGAAGCAUUGCGGAGACGUUUUGUCCUCUGUUUGCGAGAAGUCAUAUUCAUGGGCAUUUAUGCCAAGAGCGGAACAGCCAUGAGCUAUUCGUUGUCAACCCUUCAAGCCCUAGCAUUUUUGGAGCCAGACUUGAUCCUCCCUGGUGCCCUCCAACGAAUCUACCCUUCAAUGCAGGGGCUUGUUGAGGUGCACCGAACAAUCUCCUCUAUACGAUCGUUACAAAUCUUGGCGAGGACAAUGAUCAGGACUAAAGGCUACCGUUGUCAUAUCACGGCUCUCCUUGGUCUUGCCUUGCCUGGUAUCGACGCCAAUGAUCUGGACAAAACGCUCUGUACUUUGUCGUUUUUCGCGAAUGUGUGCUACAAUAUACCAUUUGAGGAUCUUUCCAAGGGCCGAGAAGAUGUUCAAGGUAACAUGCUGGCUAUAGACUGGAUCACAGGGGAGAUGGAACGUAUGGAGCAGGAAGGCUCCCAAGUCGAGUUGAAUUACGCCGCCUUGAAUGAAAGGGAUGAAGAGUUGAUACUUGCCUCGUCCACUGCUGGGUUUGGAGAAUUCGUCACAUCGUUUCUGGGCCGAGUCUUCACUCUGCUGGAAAAUUUGCCAGAUGCAGCCCGUGUCAGAAGUGGAUCUCCCGAAGAAAACAUCGUCAAUACAUUGCCAGCAGCUUUUAUGCCUUUGCUAGCAUCUCUCUCGCCAGAAUUGUACGACCUGGCAUUGAACAAAAUUGUUGACUUUGUUGCGAACCACGUCAUCCAUCAAUCGAGAGAUGCAAUGGCCUUUAUUUGCAACUGCUUGUGCAAGGUCGACCCUGAGAAGGCCCUGGCGAAACUCGUGCCUGUUUUGAUCAGUGCCAUUCGCACUGAAAUCGAUGAGAACGGUGCCGGCUCAACCAGGAAUGCUGCUUCCGAUGUCCUGCCUCGAGAUAGAGGUUUGGUUUGGAAUAUCAGCAUGCUGAGUAUGUGUGUGGUUCAUGUCGGCUCCGCAGUCCUGAAAUACAAGCAGGAACUGUUCGAUAUCGCUGUGUACAUGCAGCAGAAAUGCAAGGGCAUGCCGACCGUGCACGUCUCCAACUACGUGCAUCAUCUGCUGCUAAACCUCACAGUAACCUACACCGCGGAUUACGCCUUGUAUGAACCGGACAGAGUCAAGAAUGGGAUCAAUGCAGAUCUCUGGGGCGCGGCAGAACCACCGGCAACCGUCAAACCAAAAUGGCACGUUCCCUGCAAAGAAGAGAUUGAUUUCGCCGUGGAAUUGUUUGAGAAUCAAGCCGAAAGCGCGGUGCAACAUCUGCAACGCCUCAUCGACGGCUCAUCCAGUAUUAAACGCGACGGCAGCGGCAAGGAGUGGUCGGAUGAAGUCUCAAGGAAUCUGGUUCUUCUACGCCUGCUCCUCGCUGGAGUAUCAGUUCUCUUUGAUUCCAAGGGUGUCAACGAGGGUUUGACCACGACUGCGGCAGGUGUUGAUGCCGAUACCGACACCUCAAUGUCUCAGGCAAAUGGCCAUGCUCCGGAACAACCCAGUGACGUCUUGGACAAUGACUCUUCCCUUGAUGGCACAGACGAAACAUCGAUCAAGCCCUCUUUUCAGUAUCCUGCUGGCGAGUUGUUAAAGCCUGAUGAUGCUAACUACAAACUUCUUCAUCAACUCAGGCAGAAGAUCGGCCGUGUUCUUCAUGAGGUCCACGUCUUUCUGACUCGAGAAGGGGAGGAUGAUGUGUCGUCUUUCGCUCCUUUGUACACUGCCUAUCGAUCAUGGUUUGUUGAUGUCGGCAUCGAGCGCUCUGCCCACGUUCUUGACAGAGUCACUCGGCUUCUUCAUGCUGAUGAGCAACCGUACAAAGUGAGCGGCAUACGCAAGGACUACCCUCGCUCAAUACUCGUCCGACGAGCCAAUGUUUACCAUACCCAGAGGCUCCGGCAUAAUGCUGCACCUAGACCACGAUCAGAGCUUGACGAGCAGCUUCUACUAGACCUUGCAGAGUCCGCCGUCUCUUUAUACACGGAAGUCCGCCGAAAUGCGCAAAGUGCAGGCGAAUCGGCCCUCAAGGUCAUUUUUGGAGCUCGAUUGUUCGUUAUCCCGCCACUUUUAGCGGCCUUCCAGAAAGCCGUAGAAAAGAACGACUUCCCCCGAAUUAAAGGCGGACUAUUCGCCUUGUUGUUUGGCAGUCUCGCAAAGACAGUGGGCAGACAUUGGAAAUACACACCAGCCGUCAUAAGAACAUUUAUCGAGGCCAGCACUGCUGACAAACCCUCCAUCCAAAAGCUUUGCAGUGGCGGGUUGUUCCAGGUCAUGGACUAUGGUCGGCCUGGCGAUCGAAUGGCUAUAAUCGACCGUACAGUUGUCGACCCAUUUGCUCCCGCUGAAGAUGUCGAUGAUAAGAUCGCAAAGAAAAAGGCAUUUAUCCUGACCAAGCGUGGUAACAUCGAGCGCAAGAAGGCGGAACUUGCGGAAGAGCUCAUCGAGCUUAUUCGCGUCUCACAUUGGAAGAAAGCCACCCGCGUGGCCACGCUUGUCAUGUCUUUGGGAAUGAGGUUCGACACAAUUGCUUCAGACAGCAUGAUUGAUUUGAUAACUCUGGGCACAAUAGACCCUCACCCGGGCUUGCGCGGCCUGUAUUCUCAGGGGUUGGUUGCUCUCUUCACCAUGACCGAUGUGCGAGCAGUGUGCAACCACGACUAUGCAAAUUACAUCCAGGCAAUCCAAGAGUUCCCUGCAAAAGUCAAAGUCGAGACGAGAGCUGGAGAGGAAUCGUGGACCGAGACAUUCCUGAAGGCCUUCUCUCAACCGGAGGCCGAUGUUUACAUCGAUCACGAUUAUCCUGGUUGGCUUGUGUGGUCGAAAGACAUGCCCGGUUACAAGGCUAACGUGCAGAACGACAUUAUCUAUGAUGAAGUUGAGUGGAAAAAACGAGCUGUAAUCGGCAAACACCUCAAUCGAGAAUGGUUUGUCACCUUUUUCAAGUACCUGAAGCAAGAGCCUCGAGACCAAUCCGCAGAUAAGUUCCGCAUGGCGAGCGCGGCGAUGUUGACUUAUGCCUUCGAACUGAUCAUAAGGGACGGUCUAGCCGUUGCAACAUUCGAAGACAUCAAAGAAGAAACACUGGCAGUUUUUGAGGACGGCAGCGACAAGCAUCAACACCGUGCCACGGCAGAGAUUCUGGGUGGUCUGGUAACGUCGGUCAUGGAUAAUUCCAUUGAGCGGAGGACGAUGGUAUGGGAAUUCGCGUUCCCAAUCAUUCAAAGAGUCUUCUCAGAUGGCCUUACUCCAGAGAAUUCUGGCUACUGGACAACUUUCCUUCAUAUGAUUCUUCAGAGCCGGGACCCUCGGAGAGCAUGGCCACUGGUGGAUUGGAUCACAAGCUUCCGCCUCGAUAUGGGAUCCAACGCCGCUUUCAAGGAAAGUUCAAAGAUUCAUCUGCUCCAUCAAGUGAUCCUGGAUGCAGGGUGGCAUUUCCAGCUCGAAAAGCCUAUCAUGGAAGACUUUUUAGGCCAUAUCGACCAUCCAUACAAGGGCGUCCGAGAGGCGAUGGCUCAAACUCUUGCUGCGAUUACCCGUACUCGAUACCAUGAGUCGUAUAAGGACGUCAGGGAACUCCUCGAAGCCCAGAGGAAAGCAGGUCCUAUUGGGACCCAGCCGUAUCUGCCAACCAAAGAGUUCGAUGCCACCAUGAGUGAGAUUUUUGCGCGCUUGGAAAAGUGGCGGCAUGAACGCACACCCGGUCAACAGACCCCCUCCGCCUAUACGUCUGGGAGCAAAACAAUAUUACUGUGGCUUGAUUCCAUGCUCUCGUCAUAUGAGUGCACCCAGCUCUUGAAGUACUUUCCCAACUUGUUCACGGAGCAAUUCCUGCACAUGAUGGAUGUCAAGGAGGAUCCCGAGUUGCAGUCUUUGGCAUACCAUGUCUUUCGACACCUGCCGAAUAUUCCCCAUCGAAUAGGGGAAGAUCAAGCGUUGAUCGAGUCCUUGAUUCGCAUAGGCAGGACAUCCCCAUCAUGGCAUCAACGUCUCCGUGUCAUGAUCAACAUGCAGAUCAUCUUUUUCAGACGCUUGUUCUUGCUGUCGGAGGAAAGUAAACAGAAGCUUUUCAAUUGUGUGGCUGAUAUGCUCGAAGAUACACAGCAUGAGGUACGGGCGGGUGCUGCCACGACUCUAUCUGGAAUGAUCCGAUGCUCACCGCUAGAGCUGCGAGAGAGGAUGAUCAUUCAGUUACGGGAUCGAUUCACACAAAUGCUCAUUGACAAUCCCCUGCCAAAGAAACCCAAGGGCCAACUAGCCGGGCUGUCAUCAGCGCGAACUUCGGGAACUAACACACCUACUCCUGAAGCACAGCGUUUGGUCAUCGUUCGCCAUGCCGCAGUGCUUGGGCUAGGGUCUCUAAUCCAGGCAUUCCCUUAUUCAAGUCCACCACCAGCUUGGAUGCCUGAUGUUUUGGUCACGCUGAGUAGCAAAGCGGCAAAUGACCCGGCAACAGUGGGCAACAGCGUCAAGAGUAUCAUUAGCGACUUCAAGAAGACGCGGCAGGAUACUUGGCAUAUCGAUGUCAAGGCAUUCAAACCAGAACAGAUUGAAGACCUCUCCGGGGUGCUAUGGAAGAGCUAUUUUGCUUAG